AUGUGGUCCUUACUAUGUAUUGUGAGAUGGCGAGGCCAAUUGGAUGUCUUAUUCGGUUCGGCGGCCGUCACUGCCGGAGCGGCAGGAGCAUCGCAGGCAAGUUGCGGCGUCCUCAAUGCUUGGAUAGUCACGGUGACGGAGCUGGGUGGAACUUCCACCGAAGUUGAUGUCGGGGCAAAUUGCAAUCUUCCAACACCUUCUCUCACAGGUCACACCUGCCAACUUGGUCUGCAAAGCAACACGGACUACACAGUGGAGGUGAUGGAGGAGUGCAACGAGACAGAGGCCAGAAACAGUUCCAGCUCUUCGGUUCGCACUCUGCCACAGCCAGCAUCGGCCCCGAAUUUGGUGAUCGCGGAUGUCAGUAGGACAUCGCUGUCCCUCGAAUGGUCCUCUGGCGGGGAUGGAGACUGCAUCUUCCAGAGCUGGGAGGCAGAGUGGCGUCCCUUUGGGGGAAGCUGGAUGCUAGCAGAGAACGAGACGGGCACGUCGGAGAUCCUCACGGGCUUGCAGGAAAACGCCGCGUACGAGUUCAGAGUGCGGCAGUUGUGCACCGACAGCAGCUUGAACUCUGCUUAUGCAGACUUUCCAGAGUCCCUCCUCACACUUCCUGGCAUCUUCAGCGUCUUUGUGGGAACCAGCACGGACACGCGAGUCAUUCAGUUGAGUUACGGCCCGUCGCGCUGCCGUGUGCUGAAGCAGUGUUGUGGAGAUCAAUUCACUGUCUGUCACAGUGGAGAAGCGAGAAAGACG